AUGGCACCCAAGCCCAUCGUAGCACCCUCGAUCCUCGCGGCCGACUUCGCCGACCUCGGCGCGUGCUGCUCUCGCACAAUCUCGCAAGGAGCCGACUGGCUUCAUGUUGACAUCAUGGACGGACACUUUGUGCCCAACAUCACCUUCGGACCUGCAGUCGUUGGCAAGAUUCGCGGCCACGUCUCCAAGCCCACCGAGAUUGACGGCACUGGCACGUUCGACUGUCACAUGAUGGUUUCAGAGCCCAAGAAAUGGGUCAAGGAGAUGGUGAACUCUGGUGCAGACCUCUACUGCUUCCACUACGAGGCAGCAUUCUCCACCAACGCCGAGAGCCCCGAGACCACAUCAAACGAGACGACAAACCCCAAGGCCCUGAUUCGCUACAUUCACGAGCAAGGAAUUCGUGCAGGCAUUGCCAUCAAGCCCGGAACGCCAGUUGACGUUCUCUGGGACAUUCUCGAGAGCGAGGACCCUCUUGAGCGGCCCGAAAUGGUUCUUGUCAUGACGGUCGAGCCCGGUUUCGGCGGACAAAAAUUCAUGGCCGACUGCCUGCCCAAGGUUGAGGCCCUGCGCGCCAAAUACCCCGAGAUGAACAUUGAGGUCGAUGGUGGCCUGGGAGCCGGGACCGUCGAUCAGGCGGCCGAAGCUGGCGCAAACGUCAUCGUGGCUGGAAGCGCCGUCUUUGGCGCCAAGGAUCCCGCCGAGAUCAUUGCGUUAUUGAGACGAGCCGUCGAGAAGAGGACCGGCAAGCUCUAG